AUGGUUAAGCCCUCAGCUGUAAAACCUAAUGAUGUAACAUUUCUCUCGAUUUUAUCUGCGUGUAGCCAUUCGGGUUUGGUUGAAGAAGGCAUCGAGAUAUUCAACACGAUGUUGCAUGAAUACCAACUUAAGCCAGGACUUGAGCUCUACGAGAUAAUUGUUGAUCUUCUUGGCCGGACAGGAGAGCUGGAUAAAGCAAUGGAAAUCGUUGAGAGAAUGCCCAAUCCAGCUGCACCGCAUGUUUGGGGAGCCUUGCUUGGUGCAUGCCGGAUUCAUAACAACACAAAGCUUGGAGAGGUUGGAGCAAAGAGUCUUUUUCGGUUGGAUCCUAAUCACGCAAGGUAUUACAUCCUGUUCUCGAAUAUAUAUGCCAUUGAUAACAAAUGGGAAAAUGUGACAAAUCUCAGAACUUUGAUAAAGGAGAAAGGGUUAAAGAAGAUGUCCGGGCAGAGCGUUUUCGAGGUGGGGAGUGAAGUCUGUAGUUUUGUUGCCGGAGAUAGAUUGCACCUUGAUUCUGAUCAGAUUUAUGGAGUGCUAGGAAAAUUAGAGGUGAAAAUGAGAGAGGAAGGUUAUGUUCCCAAUGUCGAUCUCCGGCUACACGACAUGGCGGAAUGGACAAGAACCAAGCCAGUGUAA